GACGGUCCGGCCUCUACGGUCCGUUCGUUAUACUCCUCCUCCUCUUCACGCGUCCGGACGACUACGCGCGUCGAGAGCGAGGACGCAUCCUCGGACCCGGUCCGAUCGAGAGCCGCGACUCGAUUUCACCGGCGGAGCGAGCCGUGCGGGCUCUCGUCGCUGCUGCCUCUUGGAGAGAUUGGCAUAGUGCUCGCGACGGGCAAUCGGCCGGUCGACGACGACGAGUCGAGUCGACCGCGCGCCGUGCGGAAGCAAAAGAAAACGACGGUCGGUCAAGCGUCCAGUCCCGCGGGGAGGACGAGCGGGGAAACGAAGACAACGAGAGAGAUAACGCGAGGAAGACAACAGCGAGUAACAGCAACAGCAACAGCAGCAGCAGCAGCAGCAGCAGCGGGCUGCUUGAACGGCGGGGGCGAGCGGCGCGGACAACAGCCGGACGGCAGCGACGGCAAGGGCAAGAGGUGCUACACCACCUUCAAGCUGUGGUGGCCCUCGCACGAGUGGAGCAGCCGCACGUGCAAAACGGAAGCACGCUCCCAGGCGUCGCUGGAGCGCGCCUGCUGGAACGCACAGGAACGCGCGCGCACCACCCUCUGGGGCCUGCAGUCGUUUGCCGCGCACUCGAACCACCGCAGCUACUUCUUGCAUCCCGCGUUGAGCAAGAGCUGGCUCGCGGAGGCGAUCGCCGCCGACGAGGCACGUUCCUCCAUCACCACGUAUUUUCAUUCGUACCCGUUCGUCCCGGGUGGUGCGGUGCCCCUGCCCCCGCCCCUGCUGAACAGCGUCAACAACGCGGCGGCAGCAGCGAUCACCCCGGGGCUGGUAGGACACCUCUUUGGUGCUCAGCAGGCGUGCAAUCUCGCCUGCACGUGCUCUUGCAACAUCGUUGCUAACUGCAACCCCCAUCAUCACCAGCACCACCAUCAGCAGCAGCAGCAGCACCAGCAUCAGCAGCAUCAGCAGCAACAGCAGCAGCAGCAGCAUCAUCACAGGACACUCGGUACCACGGCGGUCCUGCUGCAACCGGUUGAUCAUAUCAAAGACACUAUGGUAAGAAUUCCAGACCUUUCGAAUUUUCGUCCGUUUCCUACAGCACCGUUUCCGGUGGUGAGUGUCCAGGAAUUCCAGUACGCUCGCGGGACGGGCGCGUCCCUGACGAUGAGGGGUAGCGACGAGCUUCUGUCGCAAAGCGGAGCAGUCAGCAAUGGUGCUUCAAUGAGUCCUCAACCUCAUCACGCGGCCGACAACAACAAUGACGCCAAGAAGGUUAAGCUCGACAAGAGUCACAGCGGCAAGCCUUCCCGAGUCAUUCAUAUCAGAAACAUACCUAACGAUGUGUCAGAGCAAGAGAUCAUCCAUCUGGGCGUACCCUUCGGCCGCGUCACCAAUGUCCUCGUUCUCAAAGGCAAAAAUCAGGCAUUUCUGGAAUUGGCGGACGAGGGUGCUGCGGCUACCAUGGUGACCUAUUUCGCCUCUGCCAUGGCUCAGCUCAGAGGCAGAGCGGUCUACGUGCAGUUCAGCAAUCACCGCGAACUCAAGACGGAUCAAACGCACUCCAACAACGCGGUCAGUAGCCCAACAAAUGAUGUCGCCAACACCUCUGAGAAUCCGAACAAUCAGGUCGCGGUCUCCGGGCAGAACCAGGUAUCCGGCGCCGGCGAGACUCAGGGCGGCCCCAACACGGUCCUUCGUGUCAUCGUGGAGCACAUGAUCUACCCGAUCUCCCUCGACAUACUCUACCAGAUUUUCACGCGCUUCGGCAAGGUUCUCAAGAUCGUCACCUUCACGAAGAACAGCUCCUUCCAGGCACUAAUACAGUAUGCGGACAUGCUGUCGGCGCAGACCGCUAAAUACUCGCUCGACGGGCAGAACAUCUACAACUCCUGCUGCACGCUGCGCAUCGACUACAGCAAGAUGCAGAACCUCAAUGUGAAGUACAACAACGACAAGUCGCGGGACUACACCAACCCGAAUCUUCCGACCGGCGACGCCAACCUGGACGCGGCGUCGAUCGCCCUCGGCGGAGAGUUGCUACCCCAGCUGCUCAUGGGUGCUGGCUCCCAACCUCGUGCCAGAAUACCCGUAGAGUCCAUUGCAGGGGCACCGAGUGUGCUGCCCACACCCUUCGCGGCUAUGCACGGCCUUCCGUCUCCCUUGGCCGGUCCUUAUAACGGCGUACCUCCCGCAGGAGGACUCGCCGGACUUAGCGGCUUCCCCAUCGGCGCGGCUGGUCUCGGAGUACGAGUGCAGAGCAGCGGACAAGCAUCGGCGGUACUGUUGGUCAGCAAUCUCAACGAAGAGAUGGUCACGCCUGACGCUCUCUUUACCCUGUUUGGCGUUUAUGGGGAUGUACAACGUGUGAAGAUUCUCUACAACAAGAAGGACUCGGCACUAAUACAGAUGGCCGAACCUCAUCAGGCGCUUCUAGCGCUGACCCAUAUGGACAAGUUGAGAGUGUUUGGGAAGCAAAUCAAAGUGAUGCUCAGCAAACACCAAACUGUCCAAUUGCCAAAGGAAGGACAGCCGGACGCGGGCCUGACGAAGGAUUACACCAACAGCACACUACACCGAUUCAAGAAACCCGGCUCGAAAAAUUACCAGAACAUCUAUCCACCAAGCGCGACCCUGCAUUUAUCGAACAUUCCAGCCACGGUAGCUGAGGAAGAGAUCAAGGAUGCUUUCACCAAGAACGGCUUCACUGUGAAAGCCUUCAAGUUCUUCCCGAAGGACAGGAAGAUGGCUCUCAUACAGAUGCCUAACAUGGACGACGCCGUGGCUGCGCUGAUCAAAAUGCACAACUACCAGCUCAGCGAGUCCAAUCACCUCAGGGUGUCAUUCUCUAAGAGCAACAUCUAACAAGAAUCGCCACCACACGAGCAGCAGUGGUACCAGCCCUACGCCCUAGUCCCCCUUUGGUCACCCGCUUCGGUCUACGACUGAUGGUCCCGCAGUUGGAUCCGCUCAGGUGCUCGUCCGUUCCAGUGAAAAUUGCAACGCACUGGUCGUUUGUCGGCUACAUUGUGCCGCAACCUCCAUACGGGACUCUAUCACACACUCGGACUCUGAAGCAGCACAAGAGGACAGGAGCUACCUCCUCCGAGCGAGCUUAGGAUGCUUUCGAGGCCUUGUCCUUGUUGGGACGUAUUUACGGCACGAAUGUGUCCCCGCAUCCGGUUGAUUCUGUUGAUUCGAGGGUUGCUAGGGUGUUAAAAGAGAAAUAUAUAUAUAUAUAUAUACACAUAUAUACGUAUAUAUAUAUAUAUACAUAUAUACGUAUAUAUAUAUACAUAUAUAUAUGUGUAUAUAUACACACAUAUUACUACAUCUCCUACAUAUAAUACUAGGGCUGCAAGCGCUGAAGCUAAACGGCAAAAAGCCGACGACGUCCGCGACGGCCUUCUUCAUAGCACUUCCGGUGCUGGCUUUCGAGUGUGGUGCGCGAUGAUUUCGUAAUUUCAGAUAAAAGAGAAAUGUUUUCGGGGUGACGACGAUCGCGAUGUGGGAGUGCGAUCGAACACUUUUAUGAAAGCCAGGACCGUCGCGAUCGCAAAGAGGGAGAAGAUGUAGGAAAAGAGAGAUAGAUAGAGAGAGAGAGAGAGAGAGAGAGAGAGAGAG